UGCAGAAGGAUUUUGUAUGAUGUGUAUAAUGCAGGCACAUAUUACCCAGGCACUCAGUAAUCCUGGGGAUGUUAUUAAACCAAUGUUUGUCAUCAAUGAGAUGCGGCGUAUAGCUAGACAUUUCCGUUUUGGAAACCAAGAAGAUGCCCAUGAAUUUCUUCAGUACACUGUUGAUGCUAUGCAAAAAGCAUGCUUAAAUGGCAGCAAUAAAUUAGACAGACACACCCAGGCUACCACAUUCGUUUGUCAGAUAUUUGGAGGAUACCUACGAUCUAGAGUCAAAUGUUUAAAUUGCAAGGGCGUUUCAGAUACUUUUGACCCAUAUCUCGAUAUAACAUUGGAGAUAAAGGCUGCUCAGACUGUUAACAAAGCAUUGGAGCAAUUUGUGAAGCCAGAACAGCUUGAUGGAGAAAAUGCGUACAAGUGCAGCAAGUGUAAAAAGAUGGUUACAGCUUCAAAGAGAUUCACUAUACAUAGAUCCUCUAAUGUUCUUACACUUUCUCUGAAACGUUUUGCAAAUUUUACUGGUGGAAAAAUUGCUAAGGAUGUAAAGUACCCUGAGUAUCUUGAUAUUCGGCCAUACAUGUCUCAACCAAAUGGAGAGCCAAUUAUCUAUGUCUUGUAUGCAGUGCUGGUGCAUACUGGUUUUAAUUGCCAUGCAGGACAUUACUUCUGCUACAUCAAAGCUAGCAAUGGCCUCUGGUAUCAAAUGAAUGACUCCAUCGUAUCCACCAGUGAUAUUAGAUCGGUACUUAGUCAACAAGCCUAUGUGCUCUUUUAUAUCAGGUCCCAUGAUGUGAAAAAUGGAAGCGAACUUGCUCAUUCCACCCAUAGCCCUGGCCAGUCCUCUCCCCGCCCAGUGAUCAGUCAGCGGGUUGUCAGCAACAAUAAGCAGGCCUCGGCAGGAUUUAUCGGACCACAGCUUCCCUCUCAUGUGAUGAAGAAUCCACCUCACUUAAAUGGGACUGGACCAUUGAAAGAUACACCAAGCAGUUCUCUGUCAAGUCCUAAUGGAAAUUCCAGCGUCAACAGGACAAGUCCUGUUAAUGCUUCAACUUCUGUUCAAAACUGGUCAGUUAACAGGCCUUCUGUUAUGCCAGAACAUCCCAAGAAACAAAAGAUUACUAUCAGUAUUCACAACAAGUUGCCUGGUCGCCAGGGUCCAUCUCAGCCUAACCUUCAUAGCAAUUCUUUGGAGAACCCUAAUAAGUCUGUUCCCUCUUCUACUAUUACCAAUUCUUCUGCAAUACCGUCUACCUCGACUGCAUCUACGAUGUCAAUUUCUAGUAAAAUAACAAAAACAGCUACCCUGAGUGAAGCCUGUUCCAAGCCUGUGAUGAAUGGCAAGUCUAAGUUGAACUCAAGUGUGUUGGUUCCCUAUGGCGCUGAGUCAUCUGAAGACUCUGACGAGGAGUCCAAGGGACUAGGCAAGGAGAAUGGUGUUGGUGCGAUCUCAGACUCACUCGCCCCUGGUCAAGGUGCUGAAGAUGAAGAGGUCUCUCAGCACGAGCUUCAAGAACCUAUUACUCUAAAUGGUGCUAACAGUGCAGACAGUGACCUGAAAGAAAACGGUCUGCCAUUUGAUGGUGCAGAUUGCCAAGUCCAGCCUGCUCUGCACUCAGAAAAUCCCUUUUCUAAGGCAAAUGGUCUUCCUGGAAAGUCGAUGCCUGCCCUUUUGCCAUCUCUCCCAGAAGACAAAAUCUUAGAGACCUUCAAACUUAACACAGUGAAAGGCUCGACAGAUGAAACCAGUACACCUGGAAUUGAGAAAAAUCCUCCCAAGGAUCACGACGUGGAACUCAAAGCUGGCGGCCCUACUGCUGAUUCCCAUGAGAAGCUGGAGAUGGUCACAAGUCUCAGCACCAAGUUAAAGAAGGCUUUGCCACCUCCUGACCCUAGUGUCAACUCUACCAAAGAAGAAGUCUCAGAAAACAGUUCAGCAAAACCUGAUGAGUCUUUGUCCACUAUGAGCAUUCUUUGUAACACCAACAAGAAUACCGUGGGUGAUGAUCAGUUUUCUAAACUGUGUGAUCCUGGGGAUUUAACAGAUGAACAGAGCAAACCUUCCCAAGAUGUAAAAGGGGCAUUAGUCGAGAGUCCACGGGACUUGGUGUCAGUGGAAACUGUGGAAAAGUUAAGCCCAGUUCCCUCGGUACAUUCGGAAGAUGAAUGUGAGCAACAGCUUCUGGUUUACCUCAGUAGAGACAGAUGCAAGGAUGUGGAGGACCUUUCUAAAACUGUCGGUGUGCCUGCAGAUAGGUUGCCCUCUCCUCAGCUAGACAGGACCAUAGGAAAUCCUUCAGAUGGGGCCACCGAACAGAGUCAUGGGGACAGAGGUGAUGAAAGUAAAGUGGGACAAAAUGUCCAGGAUCAUUCUCCAAUUAAGGAAAAGAUCAGUAGCCUCAGAAAAGUUGAUCGAGGACAUUAUCGUAAUCGAAGAGAUCGUUCUUCCAGUGGAGAGCAUGCAAAGGAAAGUAGGAGCAAAACUGACGACCGUUACUAUAAAAAACAUCGCUCCUAUGUCCGAGAGCGGCCCAGGCAGGACCGCUACACCACAGAAUACUGCAAUGGGAGCCAGCACCACCUGAGUCACAGUGAGAGAGUCAGCCCUGGUGAGCACCACUCUCUGAGUAGAUACAGCUACCACCACUCUCGAAAUAGAAGUGGAUCUGACCAGGACUGGAUCAGGUACCACCAUGUGGAAGGUGAACACAUCUGGGGCCGGGAGAAAUACUACCCAGAUAAAAUGAGAUGGGACAAGUGCAGGUACUACCAUGACAGGUACGCUCCUUAUACAGCCAGGGAGGCUCGGGAGUGGAAGCCUUUCCUUAACAGCCGGGAGCCUGACAGAGCAGGGCAGCGCCAUGGCCAGCUACACAAAGACUACUACAGAAGCCGCAAGGGCUACGAAGUGACUGCCAAAGAUAAGCCCCGGCACCAUCUCAGCAGUCCCCGAGUAGGCCCACCCCAUGCCCUUCCCCUCUAUCCUGAGAAGUUCUCCCAUGAAAAAAUUGCACUUGGAGCUGAAGACAAUUGUAACCUUUCUGAUCGAUUUCAUGAACAUGAAAAUGUAAAGUCACGGAAGAGGAGAUAUGAUAAUCUAGAAAAUAGUGACAGUUACAUAGAAAAAAAAGCCCGGAGAAGCUUACAGAACGAUCCCUUAGAAGAGUCUAAAGUUAAGAAGCACAAAAAAUCAAAGAAGAAAAAGAAAUCCAAAGACAAACACCGAGAUCGCAAUUCCAGGCAUCAGGAUUCUGACCUUUCAGUAGGUUACUCUGAUGCCGACCUCCACAGACACAAAAAGAAGAAAAAGAAAAAGAAGAGACAUUCAAGAAAAUCAGAGGACUUUGUUAAAGAUUCAGAACAAUACUUACCUAAGUCUGCUAGCUAUGAGACUAUUGACCGUUUCCGGAGAACCGAGGGCAAUUUUCUUCUCACCAGUAGCCUGCCUCUGGAAGGUGUUGGACCUUUCCGUGAGAAAACAAAACAUUUAAGGAUGGAAAAUAGGGACAAGUGUCAUCUGUCAGAAUUUGGCCAGGGUGAUUGAAAGCUUGGCCUCAAAAUAAAAAAUUCACUAGUUAUGAUUCAACAUGUUCAACAGAAGCCAUCCCCAACCCAGCUUAAAUUAUAAAUAUACAAAAUAACCUUAUUCAAAUCUGCGUGGUGCUUCUUUAGUAAAUACUGUACAGAUUUUACCAUGGAGAACUUUUUUUUUAGUUUUUACCUUUUCUUAAUUACCCUUAUUCCAAAUGGAUGAACACUUUCUACAACUGCUGACCAUUGUAAAAUACCGUGUAUAUAUAAAUCACAUUGAAAAUAAUGCCCUGGAAUAGAACAUCUCAAAUGCUGCUUAAUUACAGACUCAGGUUGAUCACUUGUAUUUCAUGUAAUGUUCCUCCAAGCUAGACAUCUGGUGCAAGACCAACCGGGAAACCAUGGAAUUGUUAAAAGUACAAACUGACAGUGUGUAUAUUUAAUUUAAAGACUUAUUUAAAAAUUCAUAAGCUCUCAACUACACUUCCGAGAGCAGUGUUUUCUGUAAUGUCUGAUACUAGAAACUAAUUUGCUUCAUAUUUUAGUUGUAUUCAAGAUUUGAAGAUGUAUUUUAUAGACAAGUUCUGUUUUUGAACUUUGUGGAACUGUUCCAAUCAAUUUCCCAGUUAUGAUGAGUAUUUACAUUAUGAAUGUAUAACCCAAACAUUAUUUGUAAAGCCUACAGUAUGUUUUUAUUACAUAACACUUUUUUAUACAGUGUCUCUUGUCUUGACUGUAUGAUAUUGGAGUCUGAGUUGUCAACUUGGUCCCUUAAAGUUUCUAGUUACAGACAAAAUCAUACUGUGAUUUUAUUUUUAAUAUGGAUAUGCUAUCAAACUGUGAUACACUUAUAAUUCACUGGUCCUGCAUCAGGAGAUGGAGUGGGGAAAACUGUAUUUAAUACAGUUUGUAUCUGAAUAAUCUGUAUGGUUUAUACAGUUUGUGUUGUUCAGAGAUGUCUAAAGUUUGAUCUUUGUUUUUUUAAAGAUUAAAAAAGCACUUGCCCCACUGUAAAUAUUCAGCAUGUAAAAUUUAUAUAGUAUAUAAAUGGCAGCAAAUUACA